UGAUCUCCACAUGUUGUAGUUGUGCUUUUGAAAAAAGCCGAAAAAUCAUAAAAACAUUCGACUUUUAUUAAUUUUAUUCUGUAAAUGAAACACUCCUUUAUGUUAUAUUGAUUUUUAAUUUAGAAAUUUUUAUUUUACUUAACUUUUUUAUAGUAACAACUAUACAUUCAUAAACAUAUAUUCAUUAGAUAUCAAUAGUACAAAAUACUUAACCUCCAAGUGCUGAUUAUGUUGAAAUUCACAUUUUUUACGUUUUUUACGAAUAAAUAAUAAUUUAUAGUUUUUUCAUUGUUUGUGUUUUUUUUAUCAAACACAUUGAAAAUGUUUAAAAACACACAUCGAUUUUUUUCAACAUUAUCCAAACAUGUACAUAAUAGUGUUUUAUUGAGUACAACGAGUUUUGUUAAUAAUAACAAUUUUCUAAUGACUGCUCCUGCAAUAUCGAAAAUUUCAUUAAGUGCAUUUACCUGUAAUAUAACAAAGCGUUUCUGUACGGAAACUGUCAACAAUUUAGAAAAUGAAAAUUCUAAUCUGAGUAAUCCAAGUGUUGUAAUUCAAAAACAAAUACAAGACGAAGCUCAAAAGAAACUCGACGAAUUAUUAAAUUCAAAUCCUGAACGGAAAAAGUUUUACAAUGUUAUUGAACUUGAAAUAGAUUUAUUGCGUCAAAGUGGAGGGAAAGUUCCUUCUCAAUUGAGACCUACAGAAUGGUUACAAAUAUUAGACAUUCAUUCUCAAAAUCGCAGAAGAAACUAUUUGGAGUUUCUGUGGAUUAAUGAAAUAAAGAGGAUAAAUUCGAAAUUAAGGAGAAAAGAAAAUUUACUGCUGAAGAAAUCUGUGGAGGAAAGGGAAAUGGAAGAACGAGAAAAAGAAGGACAUUUGAGAUAUGGUUUAAAUAACAAUACAAUGUUUCAUCGUAUCUAUAACAAUAAAAUGACUCACUUUCAUAAUUCCAAAUUAAUUAGCGCCAUGUCUUUUGGAGAAAAAUUAGUAUUAGACUUUGGAUUUGAAUCGCAAAUGACGCCCAGUGAGAUUUCAAGUUGUGCGAAACAAUUUAUGCAUGGAUUUGCCGUAAAUCGAGAGAAUAUUGAUCCCUAUGAUAUUCUUUUGUGUAAUGUUGAUUUAAAUGGCGAUUUGAUAAGAAGAAUAAGAAGCUUCAUACCCACAAUGGAUGAACCCGGUUAUCCUAUACAAAUUACAACAAAAUCAUAUCUUGAAGUUUUUCCCAAAGAAGAUUUAAUAUAUUUAACACCUCAUACGACUCACGUUCUGGACAAUUUUAUACCAAAUAAAGUUUAUAUUAUUGGUGGCAUUGUUGACAAAGCUCACAGUAAACCAUUAACAUUGGCAAAAGCAAAAGAGGAAGGCAUUCAGAUAGCAAAAUUCCCACUGGACAGCUAUGUGGACUUUCAUUCUGGCAGUAAUAAAGUUUUAAAUAUAAAUCAUUGUCUAGAGAUAAUGUUAACCAUAAAAAAUACAAACAGUUGGGAAGAAGCUUUUAAAUGUAUACCAACUCGAAAGAUUAUCAAGCCAUACUCUGAAUAUAAGCCAGGAAAAGUAAUCAGAGAAAUUAAAAAUGUUGAACCGAAAUUCAGAAGUGGACAUGCGUCACACUUGUCAGACGCAUCGUUCAGUAAAUUAAAAUCUCUCAAAUUUAACGACAAAUAAAAGUGACACACUCUUUUUUAUACAGAGAUAAGUAAAAUUUUAUUAUCGAUUUUUGUCUUUUUCAGUCGAGUAACAAAAAAAAAUUUAUUUUUCUCCAAACACUAUUGUUAUCAAAUUAGAAAUAAAUAGUUUCUUUUCUUAUAA